GUCCCCGUCCCCGUCCCCAUCGUCCCGGGAUCGCCGCCCCCGCUCCGGAACCAUCCGUGUACUUGGUUGUUUCGAGUUAGAAUUCUUACUUCACUUCGCAGCUUCGUAGGAGUGCGUGUAUACACAAGUGGGGCUGUUUCAGUUGUUUUUAUAACCAGGGUAUAAACUCACAUCUCCCUGGUAUAACUGUUGUUUGCUACGCUGCACUGUAGAAUGAUCCUUUUUUCCAUUUAAUGACAAUUGGAUCUCUACCGCUUUUAUCAAGUGAAAUUUUCAAGCUGUUUUCUGCCGGCGAUCUUGCUCCUUUGAGACUUCGCAUGAGAGUAUACCGAUCAUUGAUCAGUCACCAUGGGUAAAAAAGUUGCAAUCAUCGGUGCUGGAGCUAGUGGACUGGCUGCCAUUAAAUGCUGUCUAGAUGAAGGUCUGGAACCUGUGUGCUUUGACAAAGCAGAUAACAUCGGAGGACUGUGGUACUAUCGCGAGGAGCGGGAGGAUCAAGGGUGUGUCUUUGAGUCAACGGUUAUCAACACCAGCAAAGAGGUCAUGUGCUUUAGUGACUUCCCCAUUCCAGAAGACUUUCCAAACUUCAUGCACAACAAACUUGUAUUGAAGUACUACCAGCUCUUCUGUGACCGCUUUGAUCUUCAGAAGUACAUCCGCUUUCACACUAAAGUGGACUCGGCUGUCUUUGCAGAUGACUACAAGGAAACCGGAAAAUGGAAAGUUACAACAACUCGUCAAGAUACUGGCAAGCCAGUGACUGAGAUCUAUGAUGCCGUUCUUGUGUGCACAGGACAUCACUGCACACCAUACAUCCCAGAGUUUAAAGGACUGAAAGAGUUCAAAGGUCAAAUCCUACAUACGCAUGAUUACUUGACGUCUAAAGGAUUUGAGAAUAAACGCAUCAUGAUCAUUGGAGUGGGCAACUCUGGCUGUGAUGCUGCUGUGGAGCUCAGCAGGGGUGCAUCCCAGGUCUACCUGAGUACAAGGCGGGGAACAUGGAUCAUCCAUCGUUUGGCAGAUGGAGGAAUGCCUGUGGAUAUCUUUGCUAUUCGCAGAAUGUACGAUUUUCUUCCAGACUCCAUUAAAGAAAUAGGAAUGAAGGGUGCUUUGCAAAAACGAGUCGAUCACAAGUUUCUCGGUAUCCAACCUAACCACUCACCAAUGGCACAACAUCCAACAGUCAAUGAUUUUCUGCCGAACUGCAUCAUGAAUGGAUCAAUUAUUAUCAAACCAGACGUGAAGCACUUCACAUCAACUGGUGUCGUGUUCCAAGAUGGAACCACCGAGGAUCUAGAUGUUGUCAUUCUUGGGACGGGGUAUGUCUUUCAAUUCCCCUUUCUUGAAGAUUCAGUGAUUAAAGUAGAGCAGAACCAGCUACCACUCUACAAGUAUGUCUUCCCAACAAACCUUCCACAUCCAACCAUUGCUUUCUUAGGGUACAUCCAACCUUUAGGUGCCAUUAAUCCUAUAUCAGAGCUCCAAGCUAGAUGGGCUACAAGAGUGUUCCAAGGUCUUACAAAGCUACCUACAGCAGAUCAAAUGAAAGCUAACCUGAUCAGCAAACAAGAAGCCAUGGCCAAGCGUUACGUCUCCUCUCAACGGCAUACCAUCCAAGUAGAUUUUGUUAAGUACAUGGAUGAUGUUGCUAUAGAGUUUGGGGCAAAGCCAGAUUUCUGGAAGAUGUUACUCUCCGAUCCUAUCCUAGCUGUGAAGUGUGUUUGUGGUCCAUAUACACCCUAUCAGUAUCGUCUGGUCGGACCGGGUCAAUGGAGGGGUGCUCGUGAUGCUAUUGUUAACAUCUGGGAUAGGAUCAAUAAACCUCUGCAAACCAGGAAGUUACAGGAUACAAGUAGCAGCUUCUUUAAUAGCUGGAUGAUUUUUGUGGUUCUCAUAUCUGUUGCUCUCUACUUUUAUUGGUUUUGAGAUGUUUUGAUGGAAAUCAUCUUUGAUCUGUAUACAAUUAUAUUAUGCAAUAAAAUCAUGUAGUAUUUAGCUAACAUUUGAAAUAAAGAUGUUUUAAAGGUAAAGACCAGUAUUGGAAACGACCCAAUUUCAAAAAAUGA